CACCAACCCUGUCACAGUGUUGGUCUGGCUCAUUUCCUACCCUCGUCAAAGAGGGGGAAAAAAAUAAAAAAGCAACAGCUGCUGGCAAAUCCGCUUGGGCGCUGGGCGCCUCCUCCGCGCGCGUCUCCUGUUGCUUCUUCAAGCCUCACUUCCCUUUGCGAAGAGCUCGGCAGAGAGGAGGGCGCAGGCGACAGCACAGGGGUCUGCAAGGGGAUCCAGAAACCAGCAGAGGGCUACCCGGGAGCCCAGCCAGUCAGCCCCCUCUGGGAGGCGGGAAAGCUUCAAGCCGCGCCCACCGCCCUGCCCCCAGCGCGCCACUCCCGGCUGCUGGGACUCUGCUCGUCCUCCUGGGAUCCGCUCGGAGGGGACCCAACGCCCAGGUCUGCUCUCAUUGUUUUUCCUGUGGCCAGUGUCUUCUCUCCCAGAAGUAACUCCAGGUUAAAGAAAGACACCAUGGCGACGGUGCUGAUCCUCUGCAGCCUGCUGGCCCCUGUGGUCCUGGCUAGUGCAGCUGAGAAGGAGAAAGAAAAGGAUCCUUUCUAUUAUGACUACCAGACCCUGAGGAUUGGGGGAUUGGUGUUUGCUGUGGUCCUCUUCUCCGUUGGGAUACUCCUCAUCCUAAGUCGCAGGUGCAAGUGCAGUUUCAGUCAGAAACCCAGGGCUCCGGGUGACGAAGAGGCCCAGGUGGAGAAUCUCAUCACUACAAACGCCGCGGAGCCCCAGAAGACAGAGAACUGAAGUCAGCCUCCAGCGUGAAGCCUCCAGAAGCCAAGGCCAGCCACCCAGCGCUUCAGAGACUGAUGUCGAGGCUUGAGAAAACCGGCUCCUUCAUACCAGACCUUUCCCUAGGAGAAGCUUCCCGCGCCUCUCCCUGCCCCUACUAACCCCAGUCCUGUAUUAAUGAUGCAACACUCACAGCCCUUCUUCUCACUGCAGCCGGGCUCUGGACCCUGUCUGUGCCGUGUCUGUGCCGUGUCUGUGUGUGUCUGCUGACUGUGGUCGUUCGUGGAUCUCAUUGUUCCUGUGAACUGUGUGCUUCCUCUCCUAUGCUGCCAUCGGCGCCUUGUACCCGCCCUCCUGUGACCUCCAUCUCCUCUUGCUCUCUGGAGUCUGCUCUGCCCCUGAGAAGCCCCAGUCCCAUCUCUGGAUUCAGACUUGAGGGAGAGUUAGUUUGUACCCAGGGCAGGAGUCCCCAGCGGUCUUGGUGCUGAGAAAGUUCGUACCAUCUUCAUGGCUGUUCUUUGUGGACUCUCAGAAGAAACUUGCUCCAGAUUCCACUAGUUUAGGAGGUCUGCAGCUGGAGAUUCGGAUCGCCUUGCCGCAGGCUCUGCCCUCCAGGGCUUCUUUUCCUCUUAGGGUAUCCCAGUCCACCCCAUCCUUUAGGAAUUCUUGCCUCAGGGGAAUGAGAUCCUCACUUACCUUCUGAGCAAUAACCCUGUAAGUACUGGAGCCCCCUGCCUUUAUCCACUGUCCCUGCUUCUAAGACUUCAAUCUCCAGCCCAAUUCAUCUGACCAAAGGACUCCUUCCUUCUCUAAAGCUGGUCUCUGGCAGGGGUUAGCCAAGGGGAUAAGCAGCCGAAGGGUGGGGGUGGCUCUGUGUCUCCGCCCUGUGGUGUGGAUCUGGCAGACUUUGCAGUUUCUAAUCCCUGCCUGUCAGGGAUCAGAGUGGAGAGGGAUGGAAGAGUGCAGGGGCAGUGGGGGCUGCGGGUCAGAGAGCAACAGGGUAUGCCCAGCCUGGAUGCAAGCGCCAGAAGUCAAAGGUCAUCAGAGCGGAAACUCACACCAGAGCCUGCCCCACCUGCCCAUUGUGUUCCCUUGGAAACUAACCAAGCCACACUGUGUACUGGGACUGCUGAUCUCUGUCUUGUGAUCUAUCUAUCCUCUGACAACAGAAAAAUAAAUAAAUAAAUACAGCAUUGUUUCCUA